AUGUUCCCUUCCAAGACUCUCCUUUCUACUGUUCUUAUUGCGCUGUCCGUUGUGGACGCGUCCCCCCUGCGCCGUGAAUCUUCGUCAACCCUCGGCUUCACCGCUAGGGUGAACGCUAGGGUUGAUACUCUCAAUAUCGCUGCCGCUGACAGGGCUCGUGCCCAGGCGAUGCAGCAAUUUGGUCACGCGAACAAGCGCGCUGGCAGCUCCUCGUUCAGCAUCACUAAUGCUGCCACUGUUUACACUGCCCAAGUUGGUGUCGGCAGCCCUGCAAAUCAGUACACGCUCCUUAUUGAUACGGGCAGCUCCAACACCUGGGUGGGUGCAAAUACCCCAUACAAAACCACCAGCACUAGUGUAGAUACUGGCAACUCUGUUUCCGUCAAUUAUGGUUCCGGCAGCUUUUCAGGAGAGGAGUACUUGGACACAGUUACUCUCAGUUCUGGUUUAGUUAUUACCGGACAAUCUAUCGGUGCCGCAAAGACCUCAACAGGCUUCACCAACUUCGAUGGAAUUCUUGGUGUCGGACCGGCUGACCUGACGCAGGGCACCGUUUCCAAUGUUGAUUCAGUCCCCACUGUCACCGACAAUCUUUACAGCAAGGGUACCAUUGGCACCGAAGCACUCGGAGUCUACUUUGCUCCUGGUGGCAGCGCUGGCGAGCUCACCUUUGGUGGCUCCGACAGCUCAAAGACGACGAGCUCAGUAAAUUACGUCCCUCUCACAACCACGUCGCCUGCUAGCAGUUACUGGGGCAUCGAUCAAUCGAUCACCUACGGUACCUCCACCAUUUUGUCCGCGACUGCUGGUAUUGUCGACACUGGCACCACCCUCAUUCUCAUCGCUACUGAUGCAUUCCAAAAGUACCAAUCUGCUACUGGUGCUACGGUGGAUAACAACACCGGCCUCUUGAUGAUCACCUCUGCGCAGUAUGCAAACCUGCAAACCCUGAACUUCAACAUCGGUGGUGUUAACUAUGGCCUCACCGCCAAUGGCCAAAUCUGGCCCCGUUCCCUUAACACCGACAUCGGUGGUAGCAGCAAUAACAUCUACCUUGUCAUUAAUGAUAUUGGUAGCAACUCUGGUAGUGGUCUCGACUUCAUCAACGGUUACUCAUUCCUGUAUGUAUUCAAAGACCUUGUCUGGUAUAAAGCUGAUCACCUGCCCUACAGUCAACGCUUCUACUCUGUCUUCGACACCACUGAACACCGUGUCGGCUUCGCAACCACUUCGUCUACCUCUGCGACCUCCAACUAA